GAAGGGGCAGCAGUGCCUCCUGAUUUGCUUGCCUGGUGUCACAGGGCUCUGCUGUCACCUGCCUGCAGAGUCAUUUGCAAACAGGCCCCAUUGCUGGGGAGCAGAAUGUGUUUUUUUUUUCAACCCGAAGCAGAUUUAUAGUCUGGUUUCCUGUCAGAUCUUUGCAUUUUCCUUCUCCGCCCCUCCCAGUCUCUGACACACUUUUUCUUACUUUCUGUGUGGCUUUUUGCUCGUUCUGCCCCCAGUGCCCCAGCCUCCUUCAUUCCUGAUUCUCCCGAAACUACUGUACUUUGGGGGCCAGGGAGUGUUUUACUCUUGUGUUUUCUUUACUUUUCAACAGCUGCAGAGCACAAAUAACCUCUCCAGGACUCCUGGAGAGACGCUGACAAUUGCAUGGAGGCGACGUAGAGAGUGCAGCCUGCAGCAGCUGCAGCCAGACAGCCGGUCACUCAUGAGCACCCAAGGAGCAGAGCCAGAGAUGGAUGACUGCCUGGAGACCCUGAAAGAUGAGGAGGAGGCUUUGUGGGAGAACGUGGAGUGCAACCGGCACAUGCUGAGCCGCUACAUCAACCCAGCCAAACUGACCCCCUACUUACGGCAGUGCAAAGUCAUCGACGAGCAGGAUGAGGAUGAGGUGCUCAACUCACUCAUGCUGCCCUCCAAAAUUAACAGAGCAGGCCGGCUGCUGGACAUCCUCCACACCAAGGGCCAGAGGGGCUACGUGGUGUUCCUAGAGAGCCUGGAGUUUUACUACCCUGAACUCUACAAGCUGGUGACAGGGAAAGAGCCUACACGGAGAUUUUCCACUAUUGUUGUGGAGGAAGGACAUGAAGGCCUUACCCAUUUCCUAAUGAAUGAGAUCAUCAAGCUCCAGCAGCAGGUGAAGACAAAAGAUGUGCAGCGCUGUGAGCUCCUGGCCAAGUCCCGCCAGCUGGAGGAUGAGAGAAAGCAGCUAAAGCUGAACAAGAUAGAGCUGCUGACCUUCCAGGAGAGAUACAACAAGAUGAAGGAGGAGAGGAAUAACUACAAUGAUGAGCUGGUCAAGGUGAAAGAUGAGAACUACAACCUGGCCAUGAGAUAUGCCCAGCUGAGUGACGAGAAGAGCAUGGCUGUGAUAAGGAGCCGGGACCUGCAGCUGGAGAUUGACCAGCUGAAGCAUCGCUUGAACAAGGUGGAAGAGGAGUGCAAGCUGGAGAGGAACCAGUCCUUGAAGCUGAAAAAUGAUAUUGAAAACCGACCCAAAAAGGAACAGGUUCUGGAGCUGGAGAGGGAAAAUGAGAUGAUGAAGACUAAAAUCCAGGAGUUACAGUCCAUCAUUCAGGCUGACAAGAGGGGUUUGCCAGAUUCAGACAAAGCCAUUUUGGAUAUCCUGGAACACGACCGUAAGGAGGCACUGGAGGAUCGCCAUGAGCUGGUCAACAAGAUCUUCAAUCUCCAAGAGGAGAUUCGUCAUGUGGAGGACUUGAGAGACAAGUAUCUUGAGGAGAAAGAAGAUUUGGAGUUAAAGUGCUCAACACUAGGAAAAGACUGUGAGAUGUACAAGCACCGCAUGAACACGGUGAUGAUACAGCUGGAAGAGGUGGAAAAGGAGCGGGACCAGGCGUUCCGCUCGCGUGACGAGGCUCAGACCCAGUACUCCCACUGCCUGAUUGAGAAGGACAAGUACAGGAAGCAGAUCCGGGAGCUGGAGGAGAGGAACGACGAGCUGCGGAUCGAGGUGGUGCGCAAGGAAGCGUGCAUCGUCAACCUGGAGUGCAAACUGCGGCGCCUCUCCAAGGACAGCAACUUCCUCGACCAGAGUUUGCCACGGAAUCUCCCCAUCACCAUUAUCUCCCAAGCCUUUGAGAGCUCUGGCCCAAAAGCCAAUGGUCAGGAAGCCGAUGACUCCUCCACUUCUGAGGACUCUCCAGAAGACAACAAAUUCUUUUUGCCUGAUCAAGUUCGCCUCAAGAGAAGAGUGAACCUAAAGGGGAUCCAGAUAAGUCCAAGAGCUAAAUCUCCUGUCAGCAUGAACAAAACAUCAGAGUUUCAAGCAGCCAGAGCACAGGAUGAAGAUGGGGCCGAGGGCAGCACUGGCCGCACGGACACGAGCUCCUCUGUGUCCAUCAGCAACUCCAUCAGCAGCUGUGAAGUCACCAAGAUUCAAACCCUGCGGAGCCGCAACGACAGCAUCAUGUCCACCACCCCCGAGCCGCCCGGCAACGACUCCAUCGUGCGGCGCUGCAAGGAGGACACCCCUCACUGCAGCCUGGUUGAAGAGGACAAUGACAGUUUUGGAUGUGAUGCUUUGGAGAUGGAUGAUGACAGUCAUGACAGGCAUUCACAUGGAGCUCCUUCAGUGCACUCUUCCUCUUCUUCUCAUCAGUCAGAAGGCCUGGAUGCCUAUGAUCUUGAGCAUGUCAACUCCAUAUUUAGAAAGUUCUCUCUGGAAAGACCCUUCCGUCCCUCUGUCACGUCCGUGGGCCGCAUCAGGAGCUCGUGUCACACAGUGCAGCGCGUGACGCUCAACGGGGACAGCCUCAACUCAGAGAUCACCCUGCUGGGGGGCAAUGACAAAGGCAGCUUCGUCAGCUCGGUCAAGACAGGCUCCCUGGCAGAGAAAGCUGGCCUUCGGGAGGGGCACCAGAUCCUCCUGUUGGAGGGCUGCAUUAAAGGGGAAAAUCAAAGUGUUCCUUUGGAUACUUGCACAAAGGAAGAAGUUCACUGGACAAUUCAGAGGUGCAGUGGUCCAGUGACACUCCAGUAUAAAUCAAAUCAUGAAGGGUACCGCAAGCUGCUGUCGGAGCUGGAGGAGGGGCUCAUCACCUCGGGGGACUCGUUCCACAUCCGCCUCAACCUGAACAUCUCCAGCCAGCUGGACUGCUGCUCCCUGUCCGUGAAAUGUGAUGAGAUUGUCCACAUUCUGGACACCAUGUACCAGGGCAGGUGUGAGUGGCUGUGUGCCAGGGUGGAUCCCUUCACUGACAGGGACCUGGAGAUGGGGACCAUUCCCAGCUACAGCAGAGCCCAGCAACUCCUUUUGGUGAAGCUGCAGCGGUUGAUGCACAGAGGAAGCAAAGAUGAGACAGAAAACUCCUACAACACCCUACGGGCCCUGCGGAAUACAUUGCAGCCAGAGGAGCCUGCCCUGCAGAGUGACCCCAAAACCAGCCCUCGCCUAUCCAGAGCAAGCUUUCUUUUGGGCCAGAUUUUACAGUUUGUCAGUAGGUCUGAGAACAAAUACAAACGAAUGAACAGCAACGAGCGGGUCCGCAUUGUCACAGGCUGGCCCUCAGGUCUGGCACUGAGCUCAUCCGAAGGGAAGAAGCAGCUGCCUGAUAAACUGGAAGAUUUGGAUUCAGAGAGUGAACUGGACAAGAAGCUCAGUCUGAUCCCUUACAGCCUGGUGAGACCCAUCCACUGUGAGCGCAGGCGCCCCGUGCUCUUCACCCCCACCAUGCUGGCCAAGCCCUUGGUGCAGAAGCUUCUCAACUCUGGAGGUGCCCUGGAAUUCAACAUAUGCAAGCCAGAUAUUGUAACAAAGGAAGAGUUCUUGAGGAAGCAAAGGACAGAGACUGUCAUCUUCAGCAGAGAAAAGAAUCUGAACACGUAUGAAUGUAUUGUACCUGCCAACAUCGAGGCUGUUGCUGCCAAGAACAAGCAUUGUCUCCUGGAAGCUGGAAUAAGCUGCACGAAGGAUUUAAUCAAAGCCAAGAUAUAUCCUAUUGUUCUCUUUAUAAGAGUCUCAGAGAAAAACAUCAAGAGGUUCAGGAAGCUGCUGCCAAAGCCAGAGACUGAGGAUGAGUUUUUACGGAUGUGCCGCCUGAAGGAGAAGGAACUGGAGGCACUGCCCUGCCUUUAUGCCUCUGUGGAGGCAGAGGCUUGGAGCAGCAUUGAGGAUCUCAUCCGGACAAUAAAGGACAGGAUCGGGGAGGAGCAGCGGAAAACCAUCUGGGUGGAUGAGGAUCAGCUAUGAAAGCCCUCAGGAACACGGAGCUCUUUGGUGAAGAAAGGACACGUCCAGGUGGAGCAGGGCUCCUCAGAAUCCUCUGGUUGGGUGCCCAGAGCUCACUCCUGUUUCACCCUUGCUGCUGGGGCACUCCCUGCGGGCAGGAUGCAUGUCUGGAACGGGACUGGAGUUGUGUUGAAGAGCCAGAGUCUCAGAUGCUGGGAUCCAGGCUGUGGGGCCACCACAAUUUCUGAUCCACUGGCAUUUCUUAAGGGACAGCACCUGUUUAACAAGUGAGGACAAAGAUCUUGAGCAGGAGCUUGGGGUAAUUUAUUAUGUUCAAAAUAUGUGGAAUCUGAAAGGGAUAAGGCAUGGGGAUUGGGGUGCAGGAUGUGGAAUUGAGAUGUGCCCCACACCUCCCUGAGAUGAGAUUCUGAACAUAUCCAGCUGAGGAAGCUGAAGGCUGGUUGGGAGCAGCAGCAACACAACUGCUGAUGGACAGAGCAGCUCUGUAGCCCUGGUUCUCCACAGCCAUUUUCAGCCUUUUUAAUCAAAAGAGAAGAAAAUAACUAUUCCUCCUGGCAUUAACGAAAAUGAAAAUUUUCUCUUUCUUUUGAAACCCCAGUUUUAUUUAACAGUUUUGCAGGUUUCCUUUGUAGUCCUGGCGCUUACAGGAAAACAGACUUCACUGUCCCAGUGGCACAUCAGAUCUUUCCACAUCUGCCAACAUUUCAUUUAGUUUAUCCCUGCCUCUGCAUUGUAUUCAUUUGUACAUCCCUCAGUUUUUAACAUCUUUUUACUCAUGGAAAAUACCAUGGUGCUUUCUUCAGACAACAGGUUUCUCUGUUUCUUCACUGAAAUAUUUCUCUACAACAUCAUUGCCUGCCAACAUGCCCACUCUCAACAGGAGGGACUAUUUUUAGAAGAAGAAAAGGAGGAUAUCAUAAGCCAGUAAUUGCUGUGAACCACUCAGUCCUUGACCUGUGUGCCAUGAGCAGCAGCGAGGAGCCCGGCGGGCACCGCGCUGAGCUGUGGCCAAGUGGGAUAAUGCUUCCACAAGUGUGUGUAGGGCUGAGCACACCAUGUCCCAUUUUCAAAAGCACUUAAGUCCUCAAAGAGUUUAAGUCCCACUGCUCAUGAGUGUGACUUAUACUCCUAAAUCUCUUCAGGCUUUGAAAUCUUUCCUCUCGGCAUUAGACGCUGUACUGAGAUUGCCAAAUUGAUCCAAUAAAACUGACCCGAUAAUAAUGACUCGCGCAAUUGCUGAUCUGAAAUGCAAUAAAAAUUGACCUACAGAUGAAGAGUGGUCCAUCCCAUUGUCCUUAGAUCCUUCAUUCCUUGCCAUAUCCCUUCCUUUUAAGAUGCAUUUAAUAACAAAUUUCCUUUCCUUCUGCAUUCAUCCUCAGUCCCCCAUCUCGGUGCUGUGGGCUGAUGUGCAGUAGCAGGCAAUAAAAAACAAUCGGAAUCUAAACAGAACAUCUGGCCUGGUUGCCUUCACUAGAUUAGCUGCUCCCUUGUCUUUGCAACAAACUUCUGCUGUGGGUGUCUCUCAGGUAGACUGGGUCAGCUCAUGUUGGCUUUUGGGACUGCGCUUUUGUUUUAUGUUCUUCUCUUUUAUGCAUAUCAUUUUUUAACUAAUGGACUCUUCGAGAAGUAAUUUAUGUCACUUUACAUCUAAUUGCUGCUGCUGUGUUUCUCAAGUUAUUAAUGUUUGAAAGAAUGUUCAUAGCUAGCACUUCUCAGAGAAUAGCUUUUUACCUGCCCAGUGCCAUCUGCUUGGACUGUACAAGCAGGGGGAUACUUCCAUGUGCCACCUCUUUACAAAAAGGACAGGCUGCACAAACAAUUUGCAACUCCCUCCAGGGCAAAGAAUAACAACCAGUUGGAGUAUAUAUAGAACAAAUUGGAUGGUUCUUCAGAGAUCCUCUGUAGCUCAAGCAGAAAUAAGAAAGCAUCAGUUGGAAGAACUAAGCCUUGCAGGAGCAUUUUGCAUUCAUUCCUAAUGUCCUGGUAAUGCAGCCUCGUGUAACAGCUGCCUGUGGUUUGUUCCUGCCCCUCUUGUGAAAGCUUUGAGUCCGCAGCUGAGCAAUGGGAGGGACCGCAGGAACAUUUCUCAGCUGCUUCAGCAAAAAGUUCAGCCAGGUCAGCGUCAGAUGCCUCCAGGAGCCAGCAGCUGACUGCUCUGACUGCUCAGUGGCCAGCACAUGGAGGAUGUCCGUGUGCCACCGGCUGUGCCAUGGGGAUCGCUGCCAUCUGCUGGAAUGGCUGCAGCAGAUGGCAGGUGGGGCAGAGGGGAUGGACUGCCUCAGAAUGCCGUGGUUGUUUCUGCAGUGAUCUCCUCUCCCCACAGCUUUAUGUCUCUUUGCAUGGACAAAGCUGCAGAUGUGAUUUGUCCCACUCCACUUUCGGCACAGCAAAGGCAUAUGCCAAACUCUGGAGGAGGUUCCUCUGCAGUGAGAAGAGAUUCACCUCCAAAGAGCUGUUUCUCUGACUUACUGGAGAUGGCUAUCUAAGGGUGAGAUGAAUUGCCCUCUGAACUGUCUGGGGUUUUCAUAGAUACAGCAAGAAAUGAGAGAAUUAGCCUGGCCUUUAGCAUUUACCUCUUUGAUCUGUAAUUUGGGGCAGCGAAACCACCUUAUGGGGAAAGUGGAAGUAGAGAUUGAGACAGAGAACAAGAGAUCUAAUUAUUUCUGUGAAACAAGAGAGGAAUGAAAACAUGGAGCAAACCUUUUUUCUCAAAUCCAAGUGCAUCUGUAAAUUCCCAGCUCUGCAGACCCAUUGUGGUUGUCUGCUCAUGUGAUGCAAAACAACCAGAGCCUGUCCAGUGCAGUUCAUGGCACAGCUGAGUGCUGUACCCUGCACAAGCCUCAUGUCUCUGUGACUUGGUGGAGGAGGACUGAAAACUCUGCUCCCUCUUGACUUGUGGGUGUGAACUCCAAGAGCAGAUCUGGAGCUGGAGUGGAGCACGUAACAAAAGGGGCCACAGUCAUUUACACUGGCUGGGAGGUGCCUCUGCUCUGGAGCCAAGAGCUGUCCCUCACAACUGAAGGAAAUUAACCCCUGCACCUUUUGAAACACAUUCAGAUCUUGAAAAGAGGCCAUGAUUUUCCCUGAAUGUCAGAGUGCUUGAAUCAGUGUGGAUUCCAAGUUCUGAACCAGCAGAUUUGAAGUGCAGACUUGGAAUUUGGGCUGUAGAUCACUGUGGUAUUUUCCAUUCUGCUAAGUCUCCCUGGUGAGGUACCACCUUAGGCCACAUCCCUCCUCACAUGCACAUCCCAGUUACACAAACCUGGACUCAGCACAUGCACAAAAGCCCAGCAGGCACAACCAGCUUCAGUAGGGGUUGCGUGGCUGAAAAACUGGGACAACAAUUAAGAAAACAAAAUGGGAAUUGGAAAUGUUGGAAAUGUUCCCUGUAAACAGUGUCACAAUGGGACCUCAAGCAGAUUCUCCACUUGAUCUCAUCCAAUGGUUAGAAUGGGACAAGUUUAAUGUUGAGUUAUUCUCUGGUUGUUUCUGUAUUUUAGACAGCACUUGAUAUGAGAUUUGGGGUCAAUAACUGAACUUGCAGGUACCACCAAAAUUCAGAUACAUUCUCUAAAUCAGUCUAAAGAGCGACAUUCAAGCUGCAGACCUGAUUUGGAGCUGGAGGCUGUGCUUGGACACCAGAGCUCAGGCCCAGGUGUGGAUCCCUACCUGAGGUAAGCAACAUUCACAGCACAACCCAUUUUAAAAUCACUCAUGGAUUUUAAUUGAAGUCUGGGAACAUUUCUCAGCAGUUUGUAUUUUAAGUUAGAAAGGAGGUAAUAGAAAGCCUGGAAAUUGCCCUAUGUUUGGUCUGCUGCUUUUACUGUAAAAGGCAGAAAACAUAGAAUAAUAACUGCCUUUCAAAAUGGAUUAUUUGAAAACUACUUCUUGCCUUUAAGAGCUCACAAGAGCUUGUUGGAAAAUUUUUCAAAUGCAAAUUGUUCUUCUGAAAAUGUCAUUGAAAAAUUGCCCACUAGAAAAUGCAAUUGGAAAUUUUUUCAAUGGAAUAUUGUUCUGUUAGAAAAUAUGUUUUCAUCUAAAUC